AUGGCGACCUGCCUUGGCGUCAGCGCGGCUGACGAGGCGUGGAAGCUGAGGGAUUGGACGUUCGAACUUCCUGCAACUACUUGGGGCUACCGGUGCUGCCUUAUUUGCCGGGAGUCGACGCUGCCGAGCUGUCCUGAAGAUGAUCUGAAGAUGCAGCUGAAUAAAGACUUCUCGUGUGGUGGUCUGGAUCUCGAGAAUCCUCGAUUCUUGGGCGGAGGAGUUCAGGGCGAAGUCUACCAAGCAGAUCUGCCGGGCAAGGGUUUGGUCGCUGUGAAGAUCAGCCGGCGCAACGAUGACUACGCCAAGGGAACAUUUGCUCGAGAGCAGCAGGUGGUGAAGCUGUUGAGCGACGCACAGGUGCCCGGUGUUGAGAGAUGCAUCGCCGCUGGCCCGGUGGUCACACCAGUGGGUCAGCGACAAGGCUUGGUGAUGCAGCCUUGCUUGCCCGCGGGCAAAGUCAUUUCGGUGAAGUCGGGCCGUGGAACACCGCUCUUUUUGGAAGAGGACAAGCGCAUGGAAAAGUUGAUGAAGACUGCUGAGGAAUGGGGCAGGAUCAGAACUUCCUUCCCAACACCAGAGGAUGCAUCCAUGGUGAGCUUUUUCCUGACUGCAAUUUCUGUGAAUCAUAUCUUGUUGGUUUCAAAGGACUUCCACGGGAAUGGCAAAGGUCAGCUCUGCACAGGCGAAUGGCAGGAGGCUUUGCUUCAUUACUAUUCCCUUGCUUCGCCAAGCCCAGCAGAGACCACAGCUGCGGUCGGUGCUUGUGCGCGGCAGCGGCAAUGGCAGAUGGCGCAAGAGGUGCUGUCAUCCGCCCGUGACGAAAAUGGCGAUGGCCAGGACCGUUUCGACAUUGCCAGCUUCAACGCCUGUUUGGGUGCCAUGGCCUGGCCCCAAGCCAUGGCAUGGCUGCAGAAGGUGAGGCAUUGGUCCUUAGACCCCACCAUCGUCAGCUUCAAUGCCACCAUAGAGACCAUGAAGCGGGCCUACGAAUGGUGCAGAGCGGUUGCCUUGCUGUCCGAAGCCACUGGCAGGAGCUUGCAGCCCAACUUGGUGUCCUACGGCACGGCGGUCAGUGCCUGUGUGGCAGCAGCACAGUGGCUGAAGGCUCUGGAGCUGUUCCAUGGCGUUCGAGCCAUCAGGGGCCGCCCACAGCGAGGCCGAGACCACGGCGGCCUCGUGGUGCUCUACAGCGCUGCGGUGCGCGCCUGUGAGACGGCGGCCAAGUGGCCGGAGGCCUUGGAGCUACUGCAGGUCAUCGCCAAAAGCCGAGUGAAGCUGGAUGGAAUCCUGUACAACUCAGUCCUCAGCGCCUGCGACAAGGGUCAUCGAUGGGAGGAGGCUCUGGACACUCUCAGCAGUGCGAAGCAACGCUGCGUCGAGAACAUCGUGAGCUACAGUGCAACCAUGAGUGCCUGUGCAAAAGGCGCUCAGUGGCAAUGGGCUUUGUUUCUCCUGAGUGACUUGCAAGAUGCAAAGUUGUAUCCAAAUCAGGUGACCUAUGCAGCCGCCAUCAGCGCUUGUGAGAAGGGUGAAGGGCGCUGGGCUGAAGCACUCUUCUUGCUGCAAGAAGCGCCGCAACGUGAUAUGGUCACCUCUUCGGCAGCCAUCUCGGCCUGUGAAAAAGCUUCGCAAUGGAUGGUGGCACUGGAGAUGUUUACCACAAUGCCAGAGCAGGACCUGGUCGCAUACAAUGCCACAGCUAGCGCGUGUGCUAAAGCACAGCAAUGGUCGCAGGCGCUGCUUUUGCUGAAUCAAGCAGAGGAGAAGCAGCUUCAGCCCACUGUGACCAGCUAUGGUACAGUGAUCAGCAGCUUCGAAGAGAGCGCUCGUUGGCCAAAUGCCAUGGACCUGUUGUGGCGAAUGCGAGCUGGCUUGCUACAACCCAAUAUCGUCGCCUUCGGCUCGUGUGUGGAGGUGUGCUGCAGGAGCUUGCGCUGGAACCAGGCGCUGCAGCUGCUUGGCGAGAUGGAGGUGGCCCAGCUGCGUCCCAAUCUCAUUGUGGCCAGCUCUCUGGUCGCCGUGCUGCAAUCGACCCAGGGACCUGCUUUAAAGGCAGUGCUUGAACAUCUCCGGCGUGCAGUGUAUGUCGAGGAUGACAGGCAUGAACCAGUGCUUUGCGCUUUGGGCGACCUGGAUGAUGUUUUAGGUGCCCCAGAAGAGCUGAUGAUUCGACGGAAGGUGCUGGAGCCAGUCUGCGUCCUAUUCUGCACCGUCUGCCUCAGGGCUGACGUCGCAGCUGGCAGCGGCAAUGCAACAAACGUGACGGGAUUUGGUGUUUCUCAUGCCCGUGGUGCUUUGAAUUUGCUGGGAAUGCGAUGGGCUGGUGGCCGCCCAAGGGUCGGCAGUGGACAAAAACUGCCGAACGGUUCCGGUCACAUGAUACUGCCCCCGGCCCCAAACCAUGAACCCCAAAGAUAA